AGGAUGAAAAGACUGAUGGACAUUACACAGCAUCAGAACGGAACAGGAAGGCAACAAAGGAAACUACCCCACACCACCAUGCAGAGACUCCUACAAUGGGGUCUUCCAGUUUCCUGGAACCGGUUCCUAUGGCGCCAGCCAGGGGAGUUCCCUGCCACUGCUUUCCUGCUGGGAGCAGGCACUGGUGGGCUCCUGGCCAUAGGUCUCUUUCAGCUCCUGGUGAACCCCAUGAACAUCUACGAGGAGCAGAAGAUGGCGGCGUUGUACGGCCUGGCCAGCUUGGGGGCCAUAGGCUGGGGGACCUCCCCUCAUACUCGCUGUGCCAGUGUCCUGUUGGUACCCAAGAUGCUGGGCAAAGAAGGCAGACUCUUUGUCCUGGGAUAUGCUUUGGCUGCCAUCUACAAAGGGCCAGCAGCCAACCUGAAGUACAACAUCAAUGAAGUCAUAGCAUCCCUGGGCUGCACCGUGGAGCUGCAAAUCAACAAUGCCCGAGCAGCCUGGCGCGUCUCCACAGCCCCUUUGCGGGCCGUGUUCAAGGACCUGCUGGGCAGCAAAGAAUCACUAAAAGCAGAGACUUGGAACAUCUCUUCCUCCUUUGAGGACCUGGAUGCUCAGGUGAGGAGUGAGAUUGGCUACUUACCUAAGGAUGCCACAGACACUCGGGGCACAGAGGCCCACAAAGCCGCCCGAGGCAGACUCCGCCUGUCCACACAGAAGAUGUAUGAGCUGAAGACCAAGCUGCGCUGCUCCUAUGUGGUAAAUAAGGCCAUAAUCACCUGCCGUCGCUGGUUCGAAAAAAAGCAUCAACAGUGCAUGCAACGCCUCCAGGUCCCACUCCUGAACCACCUGCUUUGCCUGCCAAUGACGUUCAAGUUCUUCUGUAACAUUGCCAAGGUGAUGGAUAUUUGGUGUCAAAAGCGAAUCCCAGUGGAAGGCAACUUUGGGCAAACCUAUGACUCUCUCAACCAGUCUAUUCAUCGUCUGUCUGGAGAAUUUUCAGCCCAUAUUGACAUUAAGGAAGAGAGGCAGUCUGCAGUGCUGGGUGCCGACAUAAGCUGGGAGCACAUAAGCGUCGAGGUGCGGGACUUCGUGCAACAGCAGGAAGCUCACCUGCAAUGGGCAGCGGGGCUGCUGCAUGUGCUCCUGUCCUGCACCUUCCUGCUGGUCUUCCAAGCGUCCUUCUCCUACAUGGACAGCUAUAAUUGGGACAUCCGCUUUGACAACAUCUACAUAACCACCUACUUCUACCAGAUCGAUGAGCGCAGGAAGCAGCUGGGCAAAUCGAGUCUGUUGCCACUCCGAAAGGCAGAAAAGAAAUCCGUUAUCUUCCCCUUCAAGCCCUCUAUCCAGGCCUCAGAGAUGAGCAAUCUGGCAAGGGAACUCCUAGAGACACUGCCUAUCCUGCUCCUGCUGCUGGUGCUGUGCGGGCUCGACUGGGCACUCUACUCUGUCUUUGACACCAUCCGCCGGCACUCUUUCCUGCAGUACUCCUUCCGCAGCAGUCACAAACUGGAGGUGAAGGUUGAGGGAGACUCCAUGCUGGCCAGGCUUCUACGAAAAACCAUUGGAGCUCUGAACACCUCCUCAGAUACAGGAGUGGAAUCAGACAACAUGCCUUGCCUGCCUCAACCCGUAGGCAUGGAUGCCAGGGCCUACUGGAGUGCUUCACUGCCAACCAUCCUGCUUGUGUGUCUCUGCCUAGCCCAAGCCUUCGGCUACAGGCUCCGGAGAGUCAUUGCAGCCUUCUACUUCCCCAAGCGAGAGAAGAAGCGGGUUCUGUUCCUCUACAAUGAGUUACUGAGGAAGAGAGCAGCUUUCACUAAGCUGAGAAGGGCUACCAUUGUUCGUCGGGCACGUCAGCAGAGGGCUCCGCGCCCCCACCUGGUGGACACUCUGUACCGCCUGUGCCCUCUUCUGCGCCGCUUGAUACGUCGGCGCUGCGUAGUGUGCCAGGCCCCGGAGACGCCCGAGUCCUACGUGUGCCCCACGCCGGACUGCCAGGCUGUGUACUGCCGUUCGUGCUGGGACGACAUGCAACGGCAGUGCCCGGCGUGCACGCCCCGCGAGGAGCUCUCUUCCUCCGCCUACAGCGACAGCAACGACGACGCCGUCUAUGGCGAGUGAAGAAGGGAUGCUGUCCGCCUUCUUGCUUAAUAAAAGUGUGAUGCAUG